AUGUCCGCUGACAGGGCCUCCGUUCCCACGUGCCACACUACCACCGCCGCCGGGGCGCCCAAAUUUGCCUGGGUGCACGAACACUGGAGGCUGCUGGCACAGCUCCGAUUCCGACUGCCCGGUGGAUCAAAUCUCGACCUCAACCCGCCACGUCCGCCAGCUACAGCUCGAGCUCGAGAUUCUCCGACACCCAACUGUUACCUCAGCUCGACUGAUACCAGCAAACUACAGCCCAAAGCCCAACGACGCGCGACGACCCAACCGCCCAAGUCGGAAGCGCACCAAACAUCGCCCGUCAGCCCACCGUCGGGCACCAAACCUCUCACAGAUCCGAAGCCAUCACCACCACCCACUUCGAACACGCGAUAA